AUGGCGGAAGAAGAAGAAGAAGAGCCCAACCUUAACAAGCAAACAAGCGAUGACAACCUCUUCUUUGCCAUCUACACAUGUCCCAGUUUCAAUCAGAGUAGCAUAUACAAAAUUAAGAUACCGGGAUCGGAACCUUUUACAGUGCCUUGCGAAUUAACUUUUACCGGAUGGACGGUAAUUCAGAGACGAGUCGACGGAUCGGAAAAUUUCGCUAGAAACUGGACCGAUUAUAAGAAUGGAUUCGGUGACUUGAGUAGAGAGUUUUUCAUUGGACUGCAAAAACUGCAUUUAAUGACCUCGGCUCGACCACACGAACUUUACAUUAAGCUUGGAAAAAUCGAUGGAUCCACUAGCUUCGCUCAUUACGAUGACUUUAAAAUUGGCAGCGAAGCGGAGUCCUUUAAGCUGAUAUCAGUGGGAAAAUAUUCAGGAACAGCAGGAGACUCUCUAAAAUCACGAGAGUCGUACAAGUUCAGCACAUUUGACCGGGAAAAUGACCGAAGUAGAGAUAGUUGCGCUGUUACUCACGGUGGUGGUUGGUGGUACUACGCUUGCACCUACAGCAUGCUAAAUGGAAAAUACUACAAAGAUGGACGAGUGGAAAGCGGCAAAACUUAUGGAAUUCAUUGGGGAUCCUGGCAAAAUGAUGACUGGACAAUCUCUUUAACCUUCGCUGAAAUGAUGAUAAGACCCAAGGCCUAA